GAAGCGUCUCGGGCGCACUGGACGCCGGGACCCCGAGCACACAACGUAUCCACACGAGCGCGAGAGAGGCUGGACCGCAGGCCCACACCUUUCCCGUAACUAACCUCAACAAUGUUCAUUGGCAUCACUUCUAGUGGAGACAACGUCAAUUCCCAUUACGAUUAUUUAAUUUGAACGCCGGAGCUGUCGGGUCCUAGGGUUUACUAAAAUCCUUAACUACAAUGGCGCUAGAUUUUGUGGCUGGAUGUAUCGGAGGCUGUGCUGGAAUUAUAGCCGGUCAUCCGUUGGACACCCUAAAAGUGCACGUGCAAUCAGGCAGAGGAAGCGCGCUGGAAUGCACCAAAACCCUCUUGAAAGGAGGAACACUUUCCACAAUGUAUCGUGGAGUGUGGGCGCCCUUAGGCGGAGUAUCGGCGGUAAAUGCCAUAGUUUUUGGAGCAUAUGGCAACACUAGAAGAGCGCUGCCCGAUCCUGACUCUUUAAAAACGCAUGCAACGGCCGGUGCAGCCGCUGGACUCAUGCAGAGUUUAGCCUGCGCACCAGUUGAGCUGGUAAAAACCCGACAGCAACUUUCAAGACCAGGAGACGGUAUGCCCGGAGGAGCUUGGGCGGGAGCUCGACAUAUCGUGCGAACGGGCGGGAUUCGCAGUCUAUUCCGUGGACUAACGAUAACGGCCGCUCGCGACUGCCCCGCAUUCGCGAUCUACUUCACCUCGUACGAGCUGAUGACGCGCGACGAUCGGUCGGUGAUGACGGUGUUCACUGCCGGCGGAGUGGCGGGGGCUCUGUCGUGGGUGUUUUUGUACCCUAUUGACGUGGUGAAGUCGCGGCUGCAGGGGGACGUGGUGGGUCGGUAUGCGGGCGCAUGGGACUGCUUCAAGCAGUCGGUGCGGUCGGACGGCUGGCGCUGCCUGAGCCGCGGGCUGGGGGCGGUGACGCUGCGAGCAUUCAUCAGCAACGGCGCGUGUUUCACCGCCGUGGUGUGGACGGAGCGGAUGUGGCAGCAGCAGGCGCUGGCGGGCGAGCCGGCCGCCGGUGCCGUGGCCGCCGCGCACUCGCUCUGCGCCUCCUCCGUCAUCACCGAGGCCGUUUGUCAAGAGAGCGCCGACUGCUGAUCUUAAUGGAAACCAGUUCCGAACCUUCCUUACGCGAGUGAUGACCGGAGAAGGUCGAGAUUGUACAGUGUUAUCUAUAAAUGUUAUUAAUUGCAUUGCAUUUUUAUACUUACAUUAAAACACCGUAGAUACACUAGAUACACGUAGGUAUGAUAAUAAAUACUUUGUAAAGCC